AUGGCGACUCAGGAUCCUCAUGAGAUCGCCCAGCUGGUCAAAGCGCUGGAGGAUGCAGCGAGGCAAAAGGGCGGCAAAAAGCAACCCUUCACUUGCAAAAAGAAUACUUUCGCCGUCGCCAAUACCAAAAAUGUCACCGUGGACUCGUGGAAGUUCAUGGAUUGGGACUACAAGCGCUCUGGACUGCCAACAUAUGCCCGUGGUCUCUUCACAUCCCGCAGCAAAGGUCACAUCCCUGAAAUUGUCACCCGCGGAUAUGAUAAGUUCUUCAAUGUCGGCGAGACAAGGAACACCGAAUGGCGCAACAUUGAGCAGAACACGCGCGGCCCAUAUGAACUGAGUGUGAAGGAGAACGGUUGCAUUAUCUUUAUUUCAGGUCUAGAGGAUGAUACGCUGCUUGUAUGCAGCAAGCACUCUACAGGUGUCCGAGAGGAUUCCAACCUAAGCCACGCACAGGCAGGCGAACAAUGGACCGAACGCCAUGUCACAUCCGUGAACCGAUCUGUCAAGGAUCUUGCGCGAACACUACGUGCGAUGAACGUCACUGCAGUGGGAGAACUAUGCGACGAUAACUUCGAAGAGCAUGUUCUGGCAUAUGAUGAAACUGCCUCGGGAAUUUACUUGCACGGCCUCAAUUUCAAUCAGCCUGAAUUUGCUACAAUGUCCUGCGACGAAGUCAAUCAGUUUGCCAAGGACUGGGGCUUCAAAACAACCAAGUUUGAGGUCUUCGACGACAUCUACCGAGUACAGAGCUUCCUCGAGAGCUGCGCCGAAACGGGAACAUGGGAUGGCCGUGAAACUGAAGGCUUCGUGGUGAGAUGCCAGUUGAGGAAUAGCCCCACCGAGCCCUACCGACACUGGUUCUUCAAGUACAAGUUUGAAGAGCCUUAUCUGAUGUACCGUCAAUGGCGUGAAUGCACCAAGGCCGUGAUCGGGGGGAAAACUCCUAGGAUCCGCAAGCAUCAGCAGGUAACGGAAGAGUAUCUUCUUUUUGCUCGCAGGGCCUUGGGAAAGAAUCCCAAGAUGGCCAAUGAGUAUCUACACAAUCAUGGUAUCAUCGCUUUGCGUGAAGCAUUCCUUCAGGAACGCGGAUUGAAGGGAUCCGAGAUCAUCGCCCUGGAGGCUCAGAAACAACUCGAAGCCAAAGAAGUCACCCAGAAUGUCAUUCUUGUGCCAGUUGCCACCCUUGGCUGUGGAAAGACAACAGUUGCUCUGGCACUGGUGCGUCUUUUCGGCUGGGGACAUAUCCAGAACGACAACCUCCCCAAAGCCAAAGGCAAGCCUAAGAGAUUUGCGAAUGAAAUCAGCCAGUCUCUCGCGGACCACAACGUUGUCAUCGCUGAUCGUAACAAUCACCAACGGCGCGAACGCAAGCAGCUCGUCGAGGACAUCCACCCUGUGAUUCCAGAUGUGCAGUUCGUGGCACUCCAUUAUGUCCACGAGCCCAAGGGACAGCUUCUUCCACAGAUCAAAGAGGUGACUCGCAAGCGUGUCCUGGACCGUGGCGAUAAUCACCAAACCAUCCGAGCUGGAACCAAUGCUCAGGGCGAAAUCAUCGGAAUUAUGGAAGGAUUCCUAGGUCGCUUUGAGGGUGUCGAUACCAGCCGGUCUCCCGAUAUGGCCUUUGACAAUGUCAUUGAUCUGGAUGUCUGUGCCUCGUCUCGCGAGAACCUCGAGACAGUCGUCAAAGCCCUACACACCGCAUACCCCAAGAUCAUCCCCACGAUGCCAACAGCAGCCGAGCUCGACGCUGCCAUCGCCUCUUCCCUAGACGACUAUCUAGUCGAGAAAGAUCUCAGCUACAGCUACGGCCAACCCCAGAAACAAAAGAACAAGAACAAGUCACCAGACACUGGUCCCAUUGUUCCCCAACCCACCAACUCCCCACCAACACCCAACGCCCUCGCCAAGAAGAUCGAAUACUUCAACAUCUCCCUGCCCACCACCGAAAUCACCUCAGUCCUCCACUCCCUCUUCCCACCCUCCACCCCAGCCCACACAGCUCAACUCUACCACCAACUCGUCAACUCCCGCCGCCUCCAAGCCUCCUUCCACGUAACUCUCAUCCACCGCGCCUCCAAAAAAGACAGCCCCGAAAUCUGGGACCGCCUAACAACCCGCUACAUCGAGGCUCAAACCAACAAUCCCGUCCCAGACCCCCUGCACAACCCACCAGCCCUCGGUUCUGCCCGCGUCCGUCUCGAGCGCCUAGUCUGGGACAAGCGGAUCAUGGCCUUCGUUGCGCGCAUCCUUCCAGCCGAAGGUGCCUCCGAUGCCGCUUCGGAGUGGCAGAGUGCUAAUGCGAUUCCGCAUAUUACUGUCGGUACUGCUGCGCCUGAUGUCAAGCCUAAGGAGAGUAAUGAUCUGCUGCGUCGGUGGGUUGAGGUCGGGUCGGGUGGUGACACGGGUAUUUUCGAGGCCGAAGUCAAGGGUGUGAAGGUUGUGGAUGGAGUGGUGGGGUUGGUUAUGAGUCGGGGGAAGAAUUGA